GAGAGACCAGGCUCGGCGCGCGCUCCGCGGCGCACACGCUCCAGCCGGUGCGGCUCUGGGCGCGGAUUCGCGGGUUGCGCGCCCUCCUGCACAUUCAGUCCCGGCGCCCAGCAGUCUGGACCGGCCCGGAGACCAGCAGGGAGAAGAUAACCCAGAAUCUCACCUUGGAUCUCACAGUAAACUUGGCAGGACCUCAACAGCCUAGGCAGGAGAGAGGAGCUCCUUGUUCAGAGCUGGAGCCAGAGGGUAGAAUAAGUUUACCAUGAUGAGGUGGCUUUUCCAGUUGAUCUGAGGCGGGACUGAAAUAUUCUGUUCACAGCUGCUCUUCCUGACGACCAGGCAGGUUCAGCAAGUGGACAGUGGCAGGCGGUGACUGAAUCUCCAAGUCUGGAAACAAUAGCCAGAGAUAGUGGCUGGGAAGCACCAUGGCCAGAGUCCUGCAGCUCUCCCUGACUGCUCUCCUGCUGCCUGUGGCUAUUGCUAUGCACUCUGACUGCAUCUUCAAGAAGGAGCAAGCCAUGUGCCUGGAGAGGAUCCAGAGGGCCAACGACCUGAUGGGACUAAACGAGUCUUCCCCAGGUUGCCCUGGCAUGUGGGACAAUAUCACAUGUUGGAAGCCAGCUCAAGUAGGUGAGAUGGUCCUUGUAAGCUGCCCUGAGGUCUUCCGGAUCUUCAACCCGGACCAAGGGCAUGGAAACACUUCUUCUCCAGCACUGCACCUAGUACCAGGUCUACAUUGCCAAGUGACUGUCACGGCAGUCUGGAUGACAGAAACCAUAGGAGAUUCUGGUUUUGCCGAUAGUAAUUCCUUGGAGAUCACAGACAUGGGGGUCGUGGGCCGGAACUGCACAGAGGACGGCUGGUCGGAGCCCUUCCCCCACUACUUCGAUGCUUGUGGGUUUGAUGAUUAUGAGCCUGAGUCUGGAGAUCAGGAUUAUUACUACCUGUCGGUGAAGGCUCUCUACACAGUCGGCUACAGCACUUCCCUCGCCACCCUCACUACUGCCAUGGUCAUCUUGUGCCGCUUCCGGAAGCUGCAUUGCACUCGCAACUUCAUCCACAUGAACCUGUUUGUAUCCUUCAUGCUGAGGGCUAUCUCCGUCUUCAUCAAGGACUGGAUCUUGUACGCCGAGCAGGACAGCAGUCACUGCUUCGUUUCCACCGUGGAGUGCAAAGCUGUCAUGGUUUUCUUCCACUACUGCGUGGUGUCCAACUACUUCUGGCUGUUCAUUGAAGGCCUGUACCUCUUUACACUGCUGGUGGAGACCUUCUUCCCUGAGAGGAGAUAUUUCUACUGGUACACCAUCAUCGGCUGGGGGACACCUACUGUGUGUGUAACAGUGUGGGCUGUGCUGAGGCUCUAUUUUGAUGAUGCAGGAUGCUGGGAUAUGAAUGACAGCACAGCUCUGUGGUGGGUGAUCAAAGGCCCCGUGGUUGGCUCUAUAAUGGUUAACUUUGUGCUUUUCAUCGGCAUCAUCAUCAUCCUUGUACAGAAGCUGCAGUCCCCAGACAUGGGAGGCAACGAGUCCAGCAUCUACUUAACAAAUUUAAGACUGAGAGUCCCCAAGAAAACCCGAGAGGACCCCCUGCCUGUGCCCUCAGACCAGCAUUCACCCCCUUUCCUCUGCGUGCAGAAAUGCUACUGCAAGCCACAGCGGGCUCAGCAGCACUCUUGCAAGAUGUCAGAACUAUCCACCAUUACUCUACGGCUGGCCCGCUCCACCCUACUGCUCAUCCCACUCUUCGGAAUCCACUACACAGUAUUCGCCUUCUCUCCAGAGAACGUCAGCAAGAGGGAAAGACUUGUGUUUGAGCUUGGGCUGGGCUCCUUCCAGGGCUUUGUGGUGGCUGUACUCUACUGCUUCUUGAAUGGGGAGGUACAGGCAGAGAUUAAGAGGAAAUGGAGGAGCUGGAAGGUGAACCGUUACUUCACUAUGGACUUCAAGCACCGGCACCCGUCCCUGGCCAGCAGUGGAGUAAAUGGGGGAACCCAGCUGUCCAUCCUGAGCAAGAGCAGCUCCCAGCUCCGCAUGUCCAGCCUCCCGGCCGACAACUUGGCCACCUGAGGCCUGUCUCCCUCCUCCUUCUGCACAGGCUGGGGCUGCGGGCCAGUGCCUGAGCAUGUUUGUGCCUCUCCCCUCUCCUUGGGCAGGCCCUGGGUAGGAAGCUGGGCUCCUCCCCAAAGGGGAAGAGAGAGAUAGGGUAUAGGCUGAUAUUGCUCCUCCUGUUUGGGUCCCACCUACUGUGAUUCAUUGAGCCUGAUUUGACAUGUAAAUACACCUCAAAUUUGGAAAGUUGCCCCAUCUCUGCCCCCAACCCAUGCCCCUGCUCACCUCUGCCAGGCCCCAGCUCAACCUACUGUGUCAAGGCCAGCCUCAGUGAUAGUCUGAUCCCAGGUACAAGGCCUUGUGAGCUGAGGCUGAAAGGCCUGUUUUGGAGAGGCUGGGGUAGUGCCCACCCCAGCAGCCUUUCAGCAAAUUGACUUUGGAUGUGGACCCUUCUCAGCCUGUACCAAGUACUGCAGUUGGCUAGGGAUGCAGCUCAGUUUCCUGAGCAUCCUUUGGAGCAGGUCAACCUGAGGCUCCUUUUGCUUACCCGACAUCUAAGUUGUCCAGGUGCUCGGCUCCUGUGUGCCUGGAUGACAGGAGGGCUCCGGGGUCUUUCAGUCAAAGACUUACAUUGAGGUGGGGUGAGAGUCAGAGAAAAGUUCUGGUGCUUUUCAUUUGUUCUAAGAGCUGAGAGCCAGGAAUGCAGAGUCAAUUGGGAAGGAGAUGGGAUAGCUGAUGAUCUUACCAUGUCCAUGACUGUGCCCCUGAUUCAAGACCGGAUCAUGUGGUGGCUUUAUUUCUACACUUCUUGUCCACAAUGGACAGUCUGAGGAAGCUCUUCUUUCAGCCACAACAACCACAGAAAGCCCUUUCUUCUCCCCUCUCGUUUCUCCAUAAGUCAAAGCCAUGUUUAGAACGGACCAGCCACCUUGUGAUGAAAUCACUGAGUUCUGAAGCAACUUUCAAUUUCCACGAGCCAAGUCCUGGGUCCAGGGACGCCCCCACAGCCCCACCUCUACUAACUACAAGGAUUCCUACAUGCCGCUCCCAGCCUGGACACAAUUACUAAACUCAGAAUUUUCUGCAAGACUUCCUCCAUGUGCCCUUGACAUUUGGGUCACUCCUGGGCCCUCUUAGGGUGUUUGGAAGUGAUACUGUGUUUAUCAUGUGCAUGGGCAGAAGCUGCUGAUGGAAGGAGUGGUGGCUCUUCCAGUGCCCGUCUUCGCUCUCCAGCUGGAAGUUGCACAGCCAUAACCUAAGACUUUAAAAUAAGGCCACAUCCAGAUUUGGGAAGAUAGAGGGGGAAACUAGUGCCAUGGGGCCACCUGGCCCAGCUCACUCCACGUAGAUGCUUGUUCUUGUCCCCGCCUCUGUGGAUGUGUUCAUGAUUGUGCCCUGCAAUGCAUGGGGAGUGUGGGAUGGUGCCUUGCUUGCUGUUGUAUUAAGUAGAAGGAGUUCUAGGAGACUUGAGACAGUGUUUCUGAAGGAGCCAUUAGAAAGACUGGAGAAGGUUCUAGUUGGUAUGAUUUAGAGAUGUGUUCUGUGUUCUUGACCAGUGAAGUAAGUUCUUGGGUCUUUGGCAAAGCUGGAAAGGGAAAGGACCUCCUUGUUCUUUCCCAGAAACAUUUAGUGGCUUGGACCAGUCACUGAGGAUACUCAUUGCUCUUCUCCCCUGCACCCUACCCAUCCUCUCCCCUGCUCUGAGAAACAGGUUGUCAGCCAAACAAGACUCAGUUGAUCCCCUUGCACUUUGGACAAUUCUAGGAAGCCCAAGCUGUUUAGCAGAAGCCUUGGUUCAGGAUUCCAGCUGGGUUCAUGACUGUGAACACAAUGUGCCCUGUGCUGGGCCACAACUUCCUUGCUUGAAAGGAAGGAGUGAGGUGGUUUCUAGUGCCUCUCCAGGUUCUGUGUUAGUUAAAAACUAAGGCAGGUAAACCGAGAUGCAUCCUUGUGAAAAUCAUUUAAGGUGUGCGUGCAAGCGUGUGUGCCUCUGUGUACAUGAGUGUGUGUGUGCGUGCGUGUGUGCAUGCGUGUGUGCCUCUGUGUACAUGAGUGUGUGGGUGCGUGCGUGCGUGUCUGUGUGUGUGUGUGUGUGUGUGUGCGCGUGCAUGCGUGCGUGCGUGCGUGCGUGCGUGCGUGUGUGUAUUGAGGGGAAUGACAUUCCAUUUAUUUUCCCAUUUGGAUACCACAUGCUAUCCAAAGCUGGUAGAGCAGAGGGAAGCUCGGGCCACGGACCUUUGAGUGGGGCCUCAGGCAUGAUGUGCAGACCUAGUCUUCUAUGCCAGGCAGGGACAGGUUGCCUGUGGCACCCUCCAUCUGAGGUGCACCCCUUGGGCUAUGAACCUCAUUCACUUGUCGUCACCCCCACCAGUGGGUCUGCUUCACUGUGGAAGGAAAAACUGUGACUUUUUAGUUGCAUUACUGCAAAAUAGCAAAAAUCGGAUAACCUGAGCCCCGCUGCUUCCUGUGCCAUGGGCCUGUGUCCUCCUAAAACGUCCAGGUUCCUGUUGCUUUGUUUUUCUGUCUGAAGGAAUCCUUUUGUUAGUCUCCUGAGCAGAUGUACCUGAAGGAGUCUGCAUGUUCCAUGAGGGUCUGGCUCUCAGGCUGCAGGCAGUGAAGGGACAGCACGAGGCUGGGUAAAGCCCUUCCCCCUUGACCCUCUUACAUAGUGCAAGCAAUAAGACUUAUUGAUUUGUGUGUAUCCCAGUGUACAUCUGGGCUUCUGUCUAAACACCAACCAUCUUCUCUUGGAAUGGGCCCCAGGCAAGGCUUGUGUUAAUAUAGCCUGGACCCGGAAAAGGGAAAAGGUUAAGGAAAUCCUGUCCUGUAGGUGAAAAGGGCUUCAUGGGUUUGCAAACCUGGAGGCAAGAACAGCGGGUUUAAGGGGCAUCCAGCCAGUGCAAGAUUAUUCCUGGGAAGUGAGGUCUUGCUCUAUGAAACCUUAAAGGCCAAAUGGACCAUCCCACUUUGGGGAUGAGGACAUCCCUGUCCUUAUCUCUGUCAAAACUGUCCAGCUACAGAGUAAGCAGCAAGUGUCAGGAGAGGAUGUGGUCCUCAGAGUAUGGUAUUCCACAUAGGAAUGCCUAGGCUGUCAGGAAGCCAGAGGGACUUAGAGGUGCUGCAGCUUUGAGCCUCUGUAUGCACCAUGCUUAAGAUCUGACUGCUCUCUCAGUGUACAGCGAGGAGGUUUUCCCUGACAUGCUCAGUAUCCCUCAAUGAGUCCUUUCUUAACCCUCAUUUCCCCCAAACUGACUUCUCUGGGGAGCUGGGAUGGGGCUUGGCCAGGGACAGGUGUGGAAAUAACCCUGCACCUGUUGCCCAGUUCAGGGCCUCUGCUGUUUGGUCUGUACCCUCUCUUCCUUGGAGGGAAAGCUACAAGAGACUCUCUUUUUAACUCCUUGAGUACCCUUUGCCCCCCACCAAGAGAAGACAGCAAGUCCUCUGACACUGCAAGUUUCCCUUGAGCCUAGGGAACUGGGAAACCAGGUGGGCCUAGCCUGUUUUUGAAUUGCAUUGAAUUGAAGUCUACCGGUAUUGCACAGCCCUGCAUGUGAACCAGAUGCAACACUCCAAGCAGCUGUGGAAUGCAAGGUACCUUUUGCAGGAGUGGCUGUACCUACAGAAAGCCCAGGAGUCCACAGUUCAGUGCAGCAGAAGCAACAGAGUUGGCCUGGUGUAAGGAUACCUACUAGCAAACAUGGCCUCUCCAUCUCUUCUAGGACUCCACACUUCCCUACCCUCAAACCCGAGGUGGCUAUGGUUACACCAUUAUCUACCCUCAAGCUAGGGAUGAGGUGGAGGUGAAAUGCUCCCUGUGGGUUUAUAAGCCCUGAAAACAACAUUGCUGUGUGUUCAUUCUUAGAGGGAAGACCCUUUGCAGCCUGUCCAGUGCUUUGAGCCCUUCUGGGUUAACCCGUUGGUAAAACCACCAGCAUGAAUGUGAGGAUGAGGCCAGAGGGCUCUGGUGGACAUCAAAUCCCAGCUUUACCACCAUCACUGUUUAGUUUGCUUUGAAGGUAAGGACGAGGAGAACUCUGCUGUGAGCAGCUCCGUGCUGUCUGCCUAGGAAUCCUUCAAUGGUAUGGGACACUCCUCAAGUGAACCAAAUGCCCAUUCUUUCUCCCUCCCCUGAACUCCAGGUCCUGUGCUGUGUCUGUACUCAGCCGUGUGUGUUUUGUCUGCUGUCUGUCUCCUGAGGCUUAGCAUCUGUCAGGGCUGGGGUGGUUCAGCCCUUGGUACUCCAGAUGUGGUUCCAGGCUCACUCGUGGGAGCUGGACCGGUCUGGGUUUAAUCUCCCACAAUGAAGAUAAACCCCAUGGACCUCACUGCUACUGCUGCCUCCAUUAACGCUGUACUCACACCUUGUCUGGGAUUUUAAGGAUGUCAAACUGCUGUAGAUGACUCAAUAAAUGUCUUAUCGUUUUC